UGAUUUUACUACAUCAACUUGAUCAUAGUUUUUCGGUUACACCAAUCGAUUUUGUCUCUGCUUUAAAAUCCAAAUCAACACACUUUUUACUUUACAGAAACAAACUGCAAACAGAAAACCACAAAGAGCCGUGCAUAUCUGCAACAUGGCAUGUAAAAGGAAGAAUCUCUUACCAACCAAAUGAAAUGUGUCGAACACUGACACCCUUUUUCAUCCUACAAGUACCAGCAAAAUCCAUUCCUAAUAGCUCAUCUCAUUCCCUACUGAAAUCCCCUUCAACAAAUUAAGCUUAGCUUGUUCAUGAUGAAGUCCUCAUCUCUAGCUUGUCUUGGUUUUUGCUUUCUUUUCGUGUUGAAUGGUUGUUUAGGUCAGAUAGAACAAGGAGUAGGAUGGCAAACUCAGCAACAACAGCAACAGUCACGCCGUUACCAAGGUCAGAGCCAGUGUCGCAUUGAGAACAUAAAUGCACAAGAACCUAACCGCCGUGUUGAGUCCGAAGCUGGUGUUACAGAGUUGUGGGACCAGAACAAUGAACAAUUCGAGUGUGCUGGUGUCGCUCCUGCGCGGUAUAUUAUUCAGCCUAAUGGACUUCUCUUGCCAUUUUUUGUUAAUGCACCAAGACUUGUCUACAUUGUUCAAGGUAGGGGUAUGUCCGGAGCUCUUAUCCCUGGCUGUCCUGAAACAUUCCACUCAAUUCGACAGUCUGCACAACUAAGAGGAAGACCCCAGCAACAGGGAGCUAGAGAUCAACAUCAAAAGAUCCGUCAAAUCCAACAAGGAGAUAUUUUAGCCUUGCCUGCUGGAGUAACUCACUGGUUGUACAACGAGGGAGAGACCCCACUUAUUGCUGUCUCCCUUCACGACACAAGUAGCAACGCUAACCAGCUCGAUCGCCAACUCAGGAGAUUCCAACUAGCCGGAAGCCAGCAAACGCAAACCAUGUCACCUUAUCAACAGCAACAACAACAGAGACAACAAGUUAGGGGUCAACAAGAUAUCCCAACAAACAACAUCUUCAGUGGCUUCAGCGUCGAAACUUUGGCUGAGGCUUUUGGUGUUAGCACCGAGACAGCAAGGAGACUACAGGGACAAGAUGACCAGAGAGGUAACAUCGUUUUUGUUGAAGGAGGGCUUCAUGCUAUCAGGCCACAACAAGGAGAAUAUGAAGAGGAACAAGAACAACGUUACCGGACCACAAAUGGGUUAGAGGAAACUAUUUGCAGUAUGAGACUCAAGCAGAACAUAGCUAAUCCAACAAGGGCUGAUAUUUACUCUGAAAAUGGUGGAAGAAUCACCACUCUCAACGGUCAGAAGUUACCCAUCCUUAACUUCCUCCAAAUGAGUGCUGAGAGAGGAGUUCUUUACCAGAACGCUCUACAUGCACCACACUGGCACUCGAACGCUCACAGCGUGAUCUAUGUCACCAGAGGAAGCUGUAGGUGUCAGAUUGUAGGUAACCAAGGUCGCCAAGUUUUCAACGGUCAACUCAACCAAGGUCAGAUGCUGGUUGUUCCCCAGAACUUCGCCAUGGUUAAACAGGCUGGAAAUGAAGGAUUUGAAUGGGUAUCAUUCAAGACUAAUGCCAACGCAAUGACAAGUCCAUUGGUUGGUAAAACUUCAGUAUUAAGAGCAAUGCCCGUAAAUGUCUUGAUGACUGCUUAUCAGAUCUCAAGGGAAGAAGCAAACAGAUUGAAGUACAACAGGCAAGAAGAGACAUUGAUACUUACCCCAGGAUCUAGAUCUCAGGUUAGGGAUUCAGCUUAAGCAUAAUGCAAGGUUUUGUUCUUUAUGGGGGUUUAUGCAGGGGUGAGUAGUAAUAAAGCUGCUCUUUCAGAAGGUUGAAGUUGGUCCAGCUCUCACAUGUAUGAGUCUUGUAAUAAAAACGACUGUACUCCUUUAAUAACAAAAUAAACUAGUACUACCUAUCACUCUCCUUCAAAUAUAUUCCGCCAGGCCAGCACCAUGUUCAUACUACUUUAAUCAAAACUUACCUAUCACUCUCCUUCAAAUAUAUUCCGCCAGGCCAGCACCAUGUUCAUACUACUUUAAUCAAAACUUGAAUGCACGAUGUAUGAAGUUUACCUAAGAAUAGGGAGGCAAAGAUG